UCUGGUACACAAACAAAUGGCUCCAAGAACCUCUCUUGCACUCUUCCUUUUCCUUAACCUCCUCUUCUUCACUUACACUUCUGCUCAAGGCACUUGUCCUAGAAAUGCCCUUCAGAUCGGUGCUUGCACUAAUGUGCUCAAUGCAAUUGACUUAACAUUAGGAAACCCACCGCCACCAGUACCGCCGUGCUGCUCGCUCAUUGCAGGCUUGGCUGACCUUGAGGCUGCAGUCUGUCUCUGUACCGCGCUCGACGUUAACGUUCUUGGCAUCAACGUUCACCUUCCCAUCGAUAUCAGUGUACUUUUCAAUGCUUGUAGCAGAUUUGCUCCACCAAGUUUCCAAUGCCCGUAAGUUGAAUACGUAUGAGAUAUCUGAAGACAUACCGAAAAAAUAAAGGUUGAACGUGUUGCCUGUCGUCUUUUGCUUUUUAACUGGUGAUUUCUUUUGUAUUUGUAACUUCCUUCGAUUGAAUAAAAUGAUGAGUGUAACGUUCUCAUGCAAUAAUGGGUUUGUGUGUGUAAU